CGUGUCUCUGGUAUGGUAUAAAAAGCAGACCAAACGCUGUGCUCAUCACUGCAUUAGUUUACUUUACCUGGACAGGGGUGCCUGAUACUCAUCUACAACAGAUUCCCCAGAGGAAGAAGAAUUUACACAAAUCAACAUGAAGGUUCUCAUACUGGCCGCUCUUCUCUGUAUGCACUCUGCUGUGACCCAUGCUGCGACCCGUGCUGCACCUGCAGAUGUCGUGGAGACUCUAGGCAAAGAAAACACUGUUCCAGAGGAGGCUGUCGAGGUAGAGACUAUGGUGGAGGGCCCUCUGCCAGCAGCUGAGGCUGCAGAGACUGGAGUUCAAGAGGAUCUGCUUCAUGUUGAGGCCAUGGAAGAAGUAACUGAAGAUGUUCAAGCUCUUAAUCUAGAUGUUGUAGAUCGGAUGUCCCUGUGUUCUCCUGGCUGGUUCCGAUUUGGUUCCCGCUGCUUUAUGAUGGUGACCUCCAGGAGGAACUGGCUCAAUGCUGAGAGGUAUUGUGUGUCGCAGCAAGGCAGUCUGGCCUCUGUGCAGUCUCCUAAUGAAUACAACUUCCUGCAGAGUCUGGCUAGACUUUCAGGCGAACCAACAGCUUGGAUCGGAGGUUUCCAUUUCCAGGGUGCCUGGCUGUGGAUUGACAGAGCUGGUUUCUAUUACACUAACUGGCAGACACAGAACAGUGGGUCAAGUUAUCCUUGCUUGUACCUGAAUUCCAAUAGUGGCUGGUCAAACAACAACUGUGCAGCAUCGUGCGCAUUCUUCUGUGCCAGGAGCAGACCCUCCUGCUGAUGAAAGACACCUGCAGUGUCAUUUCAUGUAAAGAAAAUGUUAGAUGUCACUGACUUCCAUGUUAUGUAGAGGAACAAUCAGGCUUGGAAAUCUUCAAAUCACAUUUUGAACAUUUAUGUUGUUGUUCUCGGUUGUUGUUGAAUAUAUCUGAAAUGUAGUAUUGUGGUUUUAAUGUUUGUGAAAUACAAUAAAUAUGUGCUUUUAUUUA